AACGGCAGUCAAGACUUGCUGUAUCAUGUCGGACAACGCACACUAAUUUAUUUUCUUGGAACAUUAUACGGGCACGAUGCGUGCGUCUAACUUGGCCAGAGCUUCCCAGAUAGCAUUUGCUGUUUUCAUUUUCAUACUACAGUGGUCUCUCGCCCAGGCUGAGUCCGCUGGUAGCCCGUGGUAUCAGGAUCUUUGCAGCUACAAAUGGGAGGCUAUCGACCAAGACACUAAAAUGAAAUACACUCUGAAGCUGUGUCUUUCGUCUCCGAACACAGACUGUGGAGAAAGCACAGCUGUCUGUGCACAAAAUCUCAUCACCAACAAGAGCCAGUCUGUGGGUGAUCUCUCUUUGCAGACAUCCUCUGAUUCUGUGUUGACUUUCAAUGGAACUCGGAGCUGCCAAGAUGAGAACAAAGUUCAAAGCAGCAUCACUUUCCAAUGCGGCAAAACGAUGGGGACUCCAGAGUUUGUCACUCAGUCACAGUGCGUGCAUUACUUUGAAUGGAGAACAUAUGCAGCCUGCAGAAGAGAGAAGUUCAAACCACAUGUGGAGGUGCCCUGCUACGUGCUUGAUUCAGAUGGGGAAAAACAUGACCUCAACCCUCUCAUUAAAAUCACAGAUGGCUACCUGGUUGAUGACGCUGAUGAUGAUGUGGACUUUUAUAUUAAUGUUUGCAGAAGUUUGAACCAAGCAGAGGGCCGGUGUCCUGGAGACUCCGCUGCAUGUCUGACGAACCACAUUGGGUCCUUUAGCAUGGGAAGACCAAACAAGUCUCUGGAGCUGAUCUCUAAAGACAGGUUGAGGCUGCAGUAUGAGAGCGAAGCUGAGUAUGAGCUCUGCGAUGGGCACAAGCCUGCUGUCACCAUCACCUUCCUCUGCCCGUCUCGCAGACAGCCGGGAAGUGACCCCAAGCUGACUGCCAAGACAAACUGCCGCUUUGAGAUUGAGUGGGUGACUGAGUAUGCCUGCCACAGAGACUAUCUGGAGAGUCAUGACUGCAAACUGACAAACGCACAGCACGACAUUUCCAUCGAUCUCACACACCUCACACACAGCUCUGGAGAUGACCCCUAUAUGGCUGAGGCCAUCAGUGGGAAGGACAGAUAUUUAUUCUACCUGAACGUAUGUGGAGAGACCAGAGCUGGCGAGUGUAAAGAUGAUGACGAGGGUUUCAUCUCCUCCUGCCAGGUGAAGAAACCUGAAGACGUGGCAAAGGUCACUGGGAGAUCCCGGAAUCAAACACUCAGGUACUCGGAUGGAGAUCUGACUCUCAUCUAUCCAGGAGGAAGCAGAUGCAGCUCAGGCUUCCAGCGUAUGACCAUCAUCAACUUUGAGUGUAACGCGACUACAGAGAAUGGCCACCCAGUAUUCACAGGCGAGACGGACUGCACGUAUUACUUUAACUGGCAGACAGCUUAUGCAUGUGUGAAUGAAAGCCAAGAUCUGCUGUGCAGGGUCACAGAUGGCAAAAAGCGCUAUGACCUGUCCCCUCUCACACGCUACCCAGAGUCUGAUGCACCGCAGAACUGGGUAGCUAUGGAUGCCAAUGCUCCAGAGUCUGAUAGAAAGCACUUUUACAUCAAUGUAUGCCACAAGAUUAUCCAGCAGGAGUCAAAUGGCUCAUGUCCGGAAGAUGCUGCUAUAUGUGCCAUAGGGAGGGACAAGUCGAUCAGUCUGGGUAAAUUUCUGUCAUCGCCCCGAAAGGACCCUCGGGGGAAUGACAUUAGGCUCAUAUACACGGAGGGAGAUCCAUGCAGGAAGAAAACAAAGAUUAAAUCCAUCAUCACCCUGAAGUGCAAACCUGGGGACAUGGAGGGUGUGCCCAUCCUGAGGAGUGUGUCCAGCGAUGGCUGUGUGUAUGAGUUUGAGUGGCAGACUGCUGCUGCCUGUGUGCUCACCAGGGCAAAUGGCGAUAACUGUAAAGUGGAGGACGCCACUGCAGGGUUUUCUUUUGACUUGACCCCACUUAGCAAGGCAGAAGGAGGCUACUAUAACGUAUCCAAUGACAAUUAUGAUUACUUCAUAAAUGUCUGUGGAAGUGUUAAGGCUGGAAAUUGUCCAGAGACUGCAGGUGCCUGUCAGGUUGACAAGAGUAAGGCUAAUUCGUGGAACCUUGGCAAGUUUAACUCCAGGCUGUCAUAUUAUGACGGUAUGAUCCAGCUGGACUACCUGAAUGGCACUCGGUACAACAACAGACAACACACACAGCGAUCCACACACAUUUCAUUCCUGUGCAACAGAGAGGCGGGGCCAGGCAAACCUGAGUUUCAGGUUGAAGAUGAAUUUACCUACAACUUUAGGUGGUAUACCUCUUACGCCUGUCCUGACAGACCUCAGGAGUGUGUGGCGACUGACCCUGUUACCUUCCAGCAGUAUGACCUGUCAAGUUUGUCACGGUCAACUGGGCCCAGUAACUGGCAGGUCAUGGAUCUGUCUGACCCCAGGAACCUGAGGAAGUACUACAUCAACGUGUGCCGGCCUCUGAGACCUGUGGCGGGCUGUGACCGGAUGGCCUCCGCUUGUGAGAUGAAAUACGAGGCAGAGCAGGGGAUGUUGUCAGAAAAGGUGUCUGUCAGCAACCUGGGCAUUGCUAAGAAAGGCCCAGUGAUCCUAGAGGAGGACCAGCUGUUGCUGGAGUACACCGAUGGGUCAGCUUGUGAGGCAGACGGGGUGAUGACCACCUACACUACCCGUAUUCACCUCAUCUGCUCAAGAGGACCUGUGUCUUCUGGUCCACGAUUCUUCACAAGUCAGAACUGCACCGCUAACUUUAUAUGGAAUACUGAGGCAGCUUGUGCUAUCUCAACCACUGUAGACACCAGUCACACCUGUUCUCUGAGGGAUCCGAACACAGGCUUUGAGUUCAACCUAAAUCCGCUGGCCUCCAAAACAGGAUACACCACUACUGCAAAUGGAAAUCAAUUCAUUGUGAACAUCUGUGCGGGGGCUCCUCAGUGUGGAUCAGAUGCACAGAAGACCAUAUCGGGUUGUCUUCUGGAGGACGGCAAGCCGCAUAGUCCUGUAGGCGUGGAACAGUCCCUUCAGCUCUCCACUAGUGGCCUUCUCAGCCUCACGUACAAAGGAGAGCUAGACGAAGAACUGGGCACCAGAGCCACCUUCACCAUUAAUUUUGUGUGUGACCAGAAUGCCUCUACGGGCUCCCUGAAGCUCAUUCGGGAGGAGAUGGGCACGUCUGAGCACGUGCAACACGAUGUGCUCUUUGAGUUCUCCACGGCUCUGGCUUGCAAGCCUGCACCUGUGGAUUGUCGUGUCAUUGACUCUCAAGGCAAUGAAUAUGACCUCAGUGACCUCAGUCUAGACAAUAAAGCCUAUCUUCCCUUGGACACAUCAGAGCAGGCCAAGUCUCAGAGGUUCUUCAUCAAUGUGUGCAAACCCCUGCCUUUUACUGAUGGCUGCCCCAUCGGACUCAUAGGAUCAUGUGGGCAGAUUAAUGGCAGAGGUCUGAAUUUGGGCUAUGUGCAGUCCAGCCCUCAGGCAGCCUCUGAUGGCUCCAUCAGCAUUGUGUAUUUGAAUGGAGAUAAGUGUGGCCCAACAGGCCGAUACUCGACGCGUGUGAUUUUCCAGUGUGACGACCGCCCUGGCUCUCCCAUAUUCGAUCGCAAAGAUGGCUGUGAAUAUGUGUUCCUCUGGAGGACGUCAGAGGCUUGCCCUGUGAAGAGAGUGCAAGGUGAAAACUGUACGGUAAAGGACCCCAGGAGCGGCUAUGUGUAUGACCUGACGCCGCUGUCUGGAAUUAACUACAAGGUGAAAAGCGCACAGUACGAAUAUCACUUCGCGGUGUGCAGCCCCAUUCAGACCUCAGUCUGUAAACAUGGAACGAGUGAGGCUGUGUCCUCCUGUCAAGUAGAGGGCACCAGUCACAGGAUUUCUGGGAUGGUCAGUCAGGACCUAACCUUUGAUGAUGGAGUCAUCAUGAUCAACUAUACACAUGGAGAGACCUGCCACAAGAUUUAUGAGCGAUCGACGGCCAUUCUCUUCUCCUGUGACCACAGCAAGAAUCCAGGAAAACCAGAUUUUAUUCGGGAAACGGCAGACUGUACCUACCUGUUUGAAUGGCGCACCGCUUUGGCCUGCCCCCCUUUUAAGACAAUCAGCUGCUCCUACAAUGAUGGUUCUGGUCACUCAUAUGACCUGUCCUCCCUGACUCAGCACACCACUAACUGGGUGGUCGCAACUGGGCAGAAAGAUCAGCGCUACUAUAUCAAUGUAUGCAAGUCCCUGGUGCCAAUGAAUGGUUUAUGGGGCUGUCCAAGCAGCGCUGCGGCAUGUCUGAAGAACGGUGAGCAGUAUUUGAGCCUGGGUGAGACGCAAGCUGGCUUGCAGUGGGAGCAGGACGUUCUUGUGCUGAAGUACACGGACGGGGCUGCCUGUCCAGAGGGCGAUCGCAACAGGACCACCAUCAUCCGCUUCAAAUGUGACUAUGACAAAGUGGACUCUACGCCCACUCUUAUUACUGCACUGGAAGAUUGUGUCUACAGCUUCGUGUGGUUCACAGCUGCCGCCUGCCCACUCAACAGCACGCAACACGGAGACUGUCGAGUCACCAACCCAGCCACAGGGCAUCUAUUUGACCUGAAUGGCCUUACCCGUAACGGUGGAUACACUGUGUAUGAUGGAGUGGACCCCAGGAAGAUGUAUCGGCUCAACGCGUGUGGGCCAAUAGACGACGCAGGCUGUGUUCCUGGAACAGGGGUGUGUAUAAAGGAUUCCAGGACGGCUUUGAACGGUGGUGUGGCCAACAGGAAGUUGGUCUAUAAGGACCAGGUGCUGGAGCUUACCUAUGAAGGAGGAGACGCGUGUGCAGGCAACCCCUCGCUGAAGCACAAGAGCACAAUCAGCUUCGUCUGCAAGUCUGAGGAUGAAGGCGGCAGCAGCAAUCCCGUUCUGGUUGUCUCCGACAAGAACACUUGCACACACUACUUCUCCUGGCACACCCCUCUGGUCUGCGAAGAGCAGGUGAAGUGCUCGGUCUGGAAUGGAACCAUCCUGCUGGACCUGAGUCCUUUAAUUCACCUGAACGGGUACUACACUGCAACAAAUGAGGAUGUGCACAAAGAGAACUCCCCUGACUUUUACAUCAACAUCUGCCAGCCUCUCAACCCUAUCCCAGGGGUCGCAUGUCCUCCUGGAGCUGCCGUUUGCAUGGACCCUGCUGAUGGCGACCCAAUAGACAUUGGACGUGUCACCAGUGCUCCCACGUAUAACGCUGCUAAGGAUGGGGUGGAGAUCUCUUUUGCCAGCAGAACACCUUGUGCUGCUAAUCCCAAAAUUAACUAUACCUCCAUAAUCAUCUUCACAUGCCAGAGAGGCACAGAGCUGGGUUCCCCGGUGAUGAUUCACCAUCAAGGCUGCACGUACAUGUUUGAGUGGGCCACUCCCGUGGUGUGCACUGAGACAGUCAGUGCAGAGGGCUGCAAGCUGAACGUUUCCCAGCUGCAGUACACCUUUGACCUCUCACCUCUGUCAGGGGUCAUGCAGGUUCGUGCCAACUCCGGCUUCUACAAGAUUAACGUGUGCGGGGCUGUGACAGACGAGGCGUGUAGGAACAGCCCAGUGUGUCUGUUCUCCGGUUCCUCUGUCUCCUCCUUUGGCAUUAGCAAGGCCAUGAACCUGAAUUACAAGUGGGAGGAGCAGGCUGUCAUCAUGCAGUAUGGAGGAGGAGACUCCUGCCCUCCAGUGACUGUAGAUGGGGAUGUGUGUGUCUUUCCCUUCAUCAACAUGGGCAAGUCCUAUUCAGAGUGCCUGCCCAAAGCUGGGAGUAAUGGCAGGAAGUGGUGCGCUAUAACAUCCAACUAUGACAAAGACAGGAAAUGGGGUUUCUGCUCCAAUGUGACGGCCAAGAGGCAGUCGUCCAUCUUGUUCACUUGUGACCGUGCGGUGGGCCGGGGCCUCCCCCAGCUGCUGAGUGAGACCCAGGCCUGCUCCAGCACCUUCCAGUGGCGCACCAGCGUGGUCUGCCCCCCCAAGAAGAUGGAGUGCAAGCUGGCCAGCCAUCACCAGACCUAUGACCUGCGCACCCUCUCCUCCCUCACCGAUCCCUGGAAAUUCACCAGCAGAGACAAAAGUGAUGCGUACUACUUGAACCUGUGCCAGGGGACCCACGGCGGUCUGACAGACUGCCCAGAGGGAGCGGCCAUGUGCCGCAGGCACUCGAGUGGGAGGACGGAGACCCUUGGACUCGUACACACACAGAGCAUGCACUUAGCCGAUGGAAAAAUCCAGGUGAAUUAUAGCAUGGGAGACGCUGUGUGUGGAAACAGUCGCCGAGCUAAAACCAUUGUGCAGCUGUUGUGUGGGAGUACUGUGGGCCACCCCAGACUCUUGCGUGAUGACAUGUCGGUAUGCGAGUUCUGGGUGGAGUGGGAGACACGUGCAGCCUGUGCCAUGAAGCGGGAGGAAGUGGAGAUGGUUAAUGGUACCAUUAAAGUUCCAGAGACAGGUGCCACCUUCAGCCUGGGAGCCCUCUACUACAGCCUUCAUAAAGCCAGUGGAGACAUUCGGGCCAACGGCGACCGCUACAUCUACCACAUCCAGCUUUCUGGUAUCACAGACAGCUCCUUGGCCAAAUGCAAGGGAGCUAACAUCUGCCAGGAGAAGAGGGACGACACUUACUGCAGGAGGAUCGGCUUGCCCAGCAAGGCCAAGUACUACGUUAAAGGGGACAGCCUGGACGUGCUGGUGCCAUCCGAGUCUCAAUGUGGCCGUGACAAGUCGAAGACAGUUUCAUCAGUCAUCCUGUUCCACUGCAGCCCGACGGCGGGGGAGGGCAUCCCAGAGUUCCUGCUGGAGUCAGACGGCUGUCAGUACCUGUUUGUGUGGCACACCUCCACAGUCUGCAAUCUAAAUUCCGUGAGUCGGGAGGCUGACGAACAGAGUAAGGACAGUGUAGGGUUAUCAGGGCGGAGCCAGGCACUGGGGGCAGUGCUUAGCCUGCUGCUGGUCGUGCUUACCGUGUGUCUCCUUACUCUACUUCUACACAAGCAGGAGAGAAGGGGACUUUUUAUGCAGAAAGUCACAAGCUGCUGCAAGAGAGGCAAUUCAGUGUCCUAUAAGUACUCUAAGGUGAGCACUGAUGAGGAUGGCUGUGAGGACGAGAUGGAGUGGCUGAUGGAGGAGAUCGAGGCUCCAGCACAGGCGCCUCGGGAGAAUGGACACGUCACCACCAAACCCGUGAGUGCUGACGCCCUGCGGUCCUUCUCCCUGGACGAGCAGGACAGCGAGGACGAGGUGCUGACCGUGCCGGGCGUCCACAUCCGAUCAGGAUCUUCUCGGCCGCGGGUCACCCAACACCACGGAGGGAGUGACGAGGACCUCGUAGGGCUGCUCGAUGACACAGCGAGUAGGAACACAUCUGGAUUUGGCAGCAAACACCAGAGGAAAACACAGCCAGAUCCCGAUGAUAGUGACGAGGACCUCCUCAAAGUCUAAGAGCGCUCCACUCCUCUCGGACGUCUGAACGUCUCUCCCAUCCGGCUCCAGACGUUUAGUUUGUUUUCUUUCUGGUUUUCUAAAGGGAAAUCUAUUUAUCUGUCGGCUGUUUACUGCAAAGUGUUGAAGAGCAAAUUUUUACGUCCAUUCGACAGCCAACACCUUUGCGGUGAAAAGUUGUUUUGUUUUUUUGUUUUUUGCAUCGUUUCAUUGUUUAUUGUUUCUGUCUGUUUUCUGUGGUUUGAGUUGAUUUAAAUCACAGAGAGGUUUUUCUUUAUGAUGUGAAGUUCUCUUAAGUCAUACGGGAUGAUUUGUGUUCUGUUAUUUAAUGAUUUGGGUAUAUUAUUUUUCUUUUACCAGCUCUAGAUCUCCCUUAGUGGCAGGAUUAUGUGAGCAGUAACAAACCAGUGUCCUGAAAGAGUAUUUUACAUGUCUUUAGUCACAGAGGGCCAUGAAGGAAACUUGUACUUAACAUUUUACAGAUUAAUUUUUUCCAUUCAACUGAAAAUGUUCAUGAAUUUCUGCGAUACUUGCCUCAUACAUGAAGCUGAUUAAAAAGAAGAAGAAGAAAAAUGCACCUAUGCUUCGUAUUUGCAGUUGUUAAGGGCAACAUGCCUCUGAAGCAAAAACUAUUUAUUGAGCAACAGGAUGUUUCCUGUAUUGCUUUAGCUUCCCUUUUGCCAAAUGCUUUACAUAUCCCUUAUACAGAACACGUGCACUCGGUGUAUAUACAUUUUUGUGCCAUUAGAGGCAUGACACUGGACACCCGUCCCAAGCUGAUGCCUUUCUUCACUUCCAAGUCCAAAAUACAGUGGCUCUUUAUUUGACCAUAUUACAAUCACAGUGUGAUUGAUUUUUUUUUCAGGGAUUUUUAUUUUUUUUUUAUUUUUUUUUUUAUUUUAUUUUUUUUUUUUAAUUGUUGGAUUAAUUUCUUUGCACAGCCGUGAUUUAUUAUAAUAUAGAUGCAUACACAUGAGCUUAUGGCACCCAGUUGGGUACAAUGCACUUUGAUCUUUUUUUUUUUUCACUGGAAGAGUGAUUGUUAAAUGGUGAUGGCUCAGUUCCAAAUGUACACUUUUUUAGGAAUUGCAAUGGAAAGGAAAUUGGUCACCUGAGAAUGUCCUUGGCCUUACCUCUUAUUUAAAGACUUGAGACUGUGAUGCAUGUUUUCGUUCCAGACUUAUCCUGUUCUUUUCGAUUUUAGGCACAAUUCUUAAUGUACUUUCUGAAAUGUUGAUAUUCUACAUUCAUAAAAAGUCAUGCAAAAUCAGUUUGAUCAGCAAUGGUUCAAAUAAGGCUUUCAAAUAAGAUUCUUAAAAGAUGAUGCAUUUCUACAGUGACCACUGAAAACAACCUCCAGUAUUGAGUUCCAUUGACUAAUAUUUCCUUAAAUAGCUCAUUCUGACAUGUUUCUAUGCAUUCCUCACAAUUAUGAUACUGUAUGUAUCAUACGGUGUGUGGGUGUCAUGACUUGACAUCUUCAAAUAAGAUGUUCUAAUGAUGGUUCUUCCUAUAUGUAGAGGAAGUCGAUGAAGCUCGGUGUCCUCUGGUCAAACGUCGAAGGCAUUGGGUGUUGGCAUCACUAACUCCUUUCUGUGCUCCUAAGAAUAUAUCUGCCACUCUUGUAUGCAUGUAAGCUAGGUACAUCUGUCUCUUAUUAUUGUUUUCUUUUUAGUCACCUGAGUGGAAGAGCCUGAUCCUUACUGAUGGAAGUAAGGCUAAGGUUCUGUGAUUAAAUUUUGGGUCUGAAUUGUUCUGUCAGAUGCUUUAUUGCUUUUCGUGUUGGUAUUUUUAUUUUGUUUGGUUUUUUUUUGUAUUUAAAAGAAGUUAAGGCUGACACUUUAUUGCAUUAUUUCAAUAAAAUAGCUGUAAAAGCAUUUUGCAUCUUCA